AUGACCACUUACGCCAGUUUCCAACAAUACGAUCAGCUAGAUUCCGAGGGCUACGGUUCGGCUAGUAGUCCGGAAUCGAAUCCACGCAGUUGGACCCACCAGGAGAUCUAUCCUCAGCCGCCCAGAUCCAGGGGUAGCAGCUGCGGCAGCGUUAGCUCCGUCGACUGUCAAAAUCGCGAGUACCAGGACGUCGGGGCAGCGAAUGGCAGCUUUCACGUGGCCGCGACCAGUUUCAAUUUCACCGAGUUCUACGAGGGCUACUACCAAGAGGGCUGCCGAAACGAUCAUCAGCUCGGUCACCCCGUUAAUUCGAGGAAGGACCACGGGAAGGUCGUGUUCAGGAUGAACGAGUGUAUGGAGAACGUUUACGGAUGCUCGCCUGGUCGUACCGAAUUUACAAACGAGACUUCAGCCGGCAAACAGAACUCGAACGUCUCGCCGAAGGUGGAACAUAAUUCGGUGAACGUGUUCGGUAGUACGAGGUGCGACUUCGGCCAAACCCAGGAGAGUUUCUUACCAGGGAAGAAUUACGGUGUCCCGAAAGUGGAUGGUUUUUUGCCUAGAAAUAACGGCAAUCCGUACGGGCAGAGGGGCGACAUCCUUUAUUUGGGAGCUGCGUACAGCGUACAGAGAAACGAGACCUACCCGCCGAACGGUCAAGCCGGCAAGUGCGAGACAGGACGGUAUCACGAGAAAAACGAGCCGUUGCACGUCACGUCGACGGAGUACGCCGGCCAGAAGCAGAAGGAGACGAUGCAGAAGAUCAAGAACGGCACGCCGGGGAUCGAGGUGAUGAGGAAGAGACGGCUGGCGGCGAACGCUCGUGAAAGAAGACGGAUGAACAGCCUGAACGACGCGUUCGAUAGACUCAGGGACGUUGUGCCUAGUCUCGGUAAUGACAGAAAGCUCAGCAAGUUCGAGACGUUGCAAAUGGCGCAAACUUACAUCGCAGCUCUCUACGAGCUCCUUCAGAGGGAGUGA